GUUUUCUCUGCAUUUCGGGUAAACAUUUUUUAGGAUAGUGAAAGAAUUGUCUAAAGUUGCUUCAAAUGAAUUGCCUCAAAUGAAUGAAAGAUUCAUUUCUUAAAGUGAUCUUCAUACUUUCUAUAUAGAUUUAUUGUGAUUGUUGAUAAUAUUACAUGUUUGUAAAUGGUCUGUGUCUGUAACUUAUGAAGUGUAAACUAGAUAUUAAACCUCAAGUCCCAUUAGUACCAGGGUUGCAGUGUUUUACCUGUUGCAGUGCUAAUACAGUCAUUAGAAACACUGUACACCUCUAGCACAUUCAAAAGAAAUAUAUAGUCAAUCACAUUUGCUGUACACAAUUAAUGAUACCUAAAUCAGGUGUCAGAAUUCAGAAGGAGUAACAAUGAGUUAUUCUUGGGAUGGUCAUAAACAAUAGCUGCAAUUCAGAAAGCUACUCCUAGCCAGAUGUGCAUUAGACGUCGAUCAUAUUCCUUCUUGUUGGAGUAUCAAAGCAUUAGCAUCAUUAAAAGAUGGUUAAUCAGAGCCAAGGAGAGGUCAAAAAAAUCAGGAGCUCCAUUUGUAGUUAUAAAGACAAUUACUACAAAAUAUCAGAACUGGAUAUUUAAAAAGUGGACCAGGAAGAAGCCCUAUCCAUAUAGAGAAAGCCUUACUUAUGACAAUCUGGACACUGAGUAAUCAAGAAUGCGAUGUAUAACAUCUUAAGAUUACUCUAUUUAAGCCUUAAUUAUUGUAUAUAUUAGUUAGUCGAUUGCUAUUCAUUGUUAUAUCUUUUUUUUGUAUGUGUUUCUGCGCUGUGAGGUUAAGUGGUAGAGUAGCCAGCUGGAUAAACUUCGCCUCGCAGUGUGGAUGGAUUUCUAAAGACAUUAUUAUUAUUAUAUUUAGCUUUGUGAGAAA